AUGGCGACGCCGUCGUCGACGACGACGACCACCAGCAGCAAUGCCACAGCCGCGGACAACGCACCUUUGACGGCAGCCGCCGCUUCUUCAGCUGCCGCGGCGGCUUCUAUCGUCUGGCCGAACACCCGGGACAGUUACGAACUCCGCGAAGUCAUUGGCGUUGGUGCUACAGCUACUGUUCAUUGUGCUUAUUGUAAGCCUCGUCAAGAGAAAUGUGCCAUCAAGAAAAUAAAUUUAGAAAAAUGGAAUACCAGCAUGGAUGAAUUAACAAAAGAAAUACAAGCUAUGUCAUGGUGUCAGCAUGAAAAUGUUGUAACGUAUCAUACUAGUUUUGUAGUUGGUGAUGAAUUAUGGUUAGUAUUACGUUUGCUAGAAGGGGGUUCAUUACUUGACAUACUUAAACAUAAAAUGCGCACAAGUGAUUGUCGUCAUGGUGUUCUUGAUGAAGCUACUAUUGCAACUGUUUUAAGAGAAGUUUUGAAGGGCUUGGAAUAUUUCCAUUCUAAUAGUCAAAUUCAUAGAGAUAUAAAGGCUGGAAAUAUUCUUCUGGGUGAAGAUGGAACAGUUCAAAUAGCUGAUUUUGGAGUGAGUGCAUGGUUAACUACUGGUUAUGAUACUAAUCGUCAGAAGGUUCGACACACAUUUGUUGGCACACCUUGCUGGAUGGCUCCGGAAGUCAUGGAACAGGUACACACGGAUCACGGAUAUGACUUCAAAGCAGACAUUUGGUCAUUGGGAAUAACAGCCAUUGAGUUAGCUACUGGAACAGCACCAUACCACAAGUAUCCACCAAUGAAGGUUCUUAUGUUGACACUUCAGAAUGAUCCACCUACAUUAGAUACUGGUGCUGACCAUAAAGAUCAAUACAAAGCUUAUGGCAAAACUUUUCGGAAACUAAUUACCGAUUGUUUGCAGAAGGAUCCUACUAAAAGGCCUACAGCUACUGAACUUCUCAAACAUCCAAUUUUUAAGAAAGCCAAAGAUAAAAAAUACCUUCAAUCAACUUUAAUUGCAAUUGGUCCUAGUUUAGAAACUAGAGUACAAAAGGCAUCAAAAAGACAACCAGGCACAUCUGGCAGAUUGCAUAGAACAAUAACUGGAGAGUGGACAUGGUCAUCUGAAGAAGAAUGUGAUGGACAGUCAUCAGAUGAUGAGUGUCAAGAAAAACCAUUAAAUAAAUUAAUUGAGGUCCCUCAAUCAUCUGAUAGUGAACACGAAAGUGGCGAUGAACACUUAAAUCUUGUUCUACGUAUGAGAAACUCCAAUCGUGAACUUAAUGAUAUUCGAUUCGAGUUCUUGUUGGGAAAUGACACCCCCGAUGGUAUUUCUACUGAGCUAGUGGGAGCUGGAUUGGUAGAUGGCAGAGAUGCUGAUGUAAUAGCUAUGAACUUACGUGUGCUGAUAGGUAAUCAAACUCGCGACAGACCUGUUACUUUUGCUCUUGUAUCUGGCUGCAACGGUGAUGAAACACCAGAUGAAAAAAUGCUAGUUGGUUAUGCCCAGCUGUCUUAUGCAGAUUGA